AGGAGGAGGCUUCUUCAACAAUCAAUAGCUUCAUUUCUUCACCAUGAUCAGCCAUUCUUACCACCAAAUCCAACACAUCCUAAACUUGUUAAAUAAACAUCCACUGAAUUGGGUUGAUUUGUUGUUAAAUCAUUGAGCCAUUAAUCAUUUCAUCAAGUUCUAGUACUUGAUGCCAAAAUGUCAGUGAAAGAUUUUCCUGAAGAAUGCUGGGAAUUGGUCUUCAGAUUCCUAGGCCAUGGUCCUCAUUUGGAGUCUCUAUCUAUGGUUUGCAAGCAGUUUCUGUCCAUCACAAACCGGUUUCUAUUCUCUCUGGCAAUACAUGAUCCAACCAUUCCACUUCUUCCUCGGCUAUUCUUGAGGUUUCCAAGGCUCAAAACCUUAGACUUCACUCACUUCAACGGCCACCAUGAAGGCUUGCUUCACCAAAUUUCACAAUCCGGGUUGGACCUUGAUUUGAUUAAUCUAUCCAACCAGAGAACACUUCCUGUUGAUGGGCUGCGAGAACUUGGUUCAAAGAUGCAAAAUUUGAGGGUUCUGAUCUGCUCAAACAUUGGUUCUCUUCGCGAUAGCCAUCUAGUAGUCAUGGCCUAUUCUUUCCCAUUUCUUGAAGAGCUUGACAUAAGCUUCCCAUUGGAUUCUCAAGCAUCAGAUUUUGGGGUACAAAGGCUGUCUUCCUUGCUUGAGAAUCUUCGCAAGAUUAAUAUUUCUGGUAAUUACUUGAUCACUGAUAAGUCCUUGUUCUCUCUAUGCCAAAAUUGUUUAUCAUUGGAAGAAAUCUCAUUCUUCACAUGUUUUAAGAUAACACAAUUAGGUAUUGCCUCUGCGAUCCGCCUCAGACCCGGUUUGAAUUCCAUUGCCUUUAACAUUGAAAAGAAAAGAAUUCAUGGACCUGCCUUAACUCCCUCUCCUAUUGACAUAGAUUUGAUCGAUUCAUUCAGGAGUUUGAAAAAGUUAACUGCUAUUGAUUUGUCAAAUUCUGUUAUCUCGGAUGAGUUUCUCUUUGCGUUUGCAGAAGGUGGUGGUCUUAUGCUAAAGAAGCUUAUUCUCCAAGAUUGUUGCAAUUGUACAUUUUCAGGAAUCUCUUAUGUGCUAACCAAAUGCCAAUCUGUUCAGUGCUUGGAUCUUCGAAAAAUUGAUUUUUUAACUGAUCAAUGUAUCAGUGAGUUAUCGAUGUUUCUUCUUAGUUUAACUUCUAUAAACCUUAGUGGUUGUUGCCAGCUGACCAAUUCAACAUUUUUCAUACUCACAAGAAACUGUCCUUUGCUCAGUGAGAUCAAAAUGGAGAGGACAUAUCUUGGGAUGGAAGGGGAAGAAGAUUCAAUGAAGGAUUUUGUUGUCAACCUUGAAGUCAAAAAAGUUUAUUUGGGUGAUAAUGUUUUGCUGAGUGAUGCAAGUUUGAUAAAAUUUGCUUCCAUUUGCCCUAGUUUACAGCUUCUUGACUUAACCGGUUGUGAGGGUGUUUCUAGUGAAUGUAUUGUUAAGGUUUUAAAGAGAUGCUGUGAGAUAAGGCAUUUGAACCUGGCCUAUACAGGAAUGGAAGUGUUUGAGAUUGACUUUGAAGUAUCUCAACUUGAGGUGUUGAACUUGUCAGGGUCAAGAAUUGAGGAUGAAGCACUCUCAAUAAUCUCAAGGAGAUGUAGUGGACUACUACUUUUGAACAUCCAGAGUUGUUGGCAUGUUACACCAAAGGGUGUGAAGCAAGUAGUAGAAAACUGCAGGGCAUUGAAAGAGUUGAAUUUGAAGAAUUGUUGGUUGGUGAGUGGUGAUUUUAUUGCUUGGGUGGAGUUUUCAAGGCCAUCAUUGAGAACAAUAGUUACACCUUCUGAUGUUGGUGCUUAUUGAUGAUAUGAAGCAGAGGAAACUCAAUGUGAAAUGUGGAUACUUUGUUGUUUGGCAGUGAGAAUUCUUUGUGGCAUUAAAAGUAAUGUCAUUUUAAUAAUACAUUUUACAACACGAGAGAAGAGAAGAUAAUCAUGUGAUGGAUAAAAAGAAAAGUAUGUACCGUGAAAAUGUGUUGUUAAAAUAGCUUAAUAGCAUUCUUAUGAUAGCUGCAAGUUGUGUGCAAGUGUGUUGUGUGGUUUUUUUAUUUGUGUUGUUUUUACAUAUUACAAGGAAAAAGUUGAGGCCUGUAACAUUAAUGUUGGGAAGAAAUUAUUUAAUUUCUUCCUUAUACAUAUUUGUUAUUCUAUAGAGAGAGAGAAAAAAAUGCUUUUGU